CGAUUGGCAGCGACCGAGGACGCCGAAGUGUGACCGGCAGCCGCUUCUGCUGGAGCCCCCCGUGCCCUUUAUGCGCGCGCGGCGCGGGCGAUUUUGCGAGAAGGGCAUGGCAGCAGGGCGCGCGACGCCGCAGCGAGGGUCAGCGGGCCGCAGGUGCGCCACGCUCACCGUGCUCUCGGCCCUGGCGGCCGCGUGCGCGGGCGCCGGCGGUGCGGGCCGGUUUCCGCGGCCUGGGCGGGCGCAGGUGGCGGGGCAGGCCGCGGUGGGCUCGCCGCCGCUGCCGCUGGCGCGCGCCCUGGGGGAGGCGCUGGCGCAGGUCGCGGAGCUGAAGGCGCAGGUGGACGCCGGCGCGGUCGUGCCAGACUUCGGCGCGAAGGCGCAGGCCAUCGUCGACAGAGCCAUGCAGCGGUCGGGCGGCGCGUCGCCGGAGCUAGAGAAGGCGGUGGACGGGGCGCUGAAGCCCCUCUUCCUGCGCCAGGCGGCCCUGAUGCGCCAGAAGGCGGACGCGAGCGCGGAGAUCGUCGGGAACGGCAACGCCGUGCUGCUCGCCGACAAGCAGUUCAGGGCGGAGGCCCGGGGUCUGGUGCGGCCGGGCGGCGGCUGGAACCUCGACCUCGAGUGCGGCCACCUCGGGGCGUCCUUGGAGGCCGCGAGCAGGCAGAAGGCAGCUAUCGCGGAAGAGCAGGCGAGGGCGGCACGUUUGCAGCAGGCCACGUUGGGUGUGAUCGGCAAGCUGCAGGGCCAGAUGGAACAGUUGCAGCAGAAGGUUGCUGGCGCCAGGUCCGGCGGAAGUCCGUGGGUCCUGUCCACCUCGUACAAGAUCCCGAAGACUCCCUUGCAGAUCGCCGGCCGCUACGAGCAAGGGCGCGCGAACAUCGAGCUGAACCUCACGCCAGAAAAAGACCCUACGAGCUCGCAGGCGAGCUUCGUGGAGGGCAUCGGUCCCGCCAACCUGGGCGUCUCGUUCAACCUCGGCAUCUGAGCUGCUCGGGCGCAGACCUCCCCCUCCCCGCCGCCUGUGGAGUGCGCCCGGUUCCUGGCGAGCUUCCUCCGCGUUUUUUGUCUAUGGCAGCUGUCGUUCAGGCUCGGAGCCCUCACGUGCACCGAGAAUGCGAGCGUCUAUGCAAACGGUACAGAGCCGGCCCGUGGCUCCUCCCGGGGGCGCGUCGUCGCCAGAGCUCCGAGGGGGAAUCCGGCCGCGGUGGCGAGAGGCUUCCUUGCAACCCCAUCCAUCCACGAGGCCUAUGUUCCUGAAGGCCCCCAGGGCGGCGCAAAAACGCGCCCGAAGCCCUCGCGCCUCGAUCCUCGACUUCCGGCCCCGCGC